GCCUUACUAUGGUCACAUGACCGUGUCACCUGACCUGUACACGGCCAAUAGUCGAAUGAUGAUGUCACCUGAUGGCUAUGCACCCAACGGCUACCUGGCCAGAUCAAACGACCAGCAUCCGGGUAACAGCUACCUACCCAGCGUCUCCUACAGCUUAGAUCACCUGGACAGACUGGAUUACCAGCAGGCUCCAGAAAUGUUGCCCUACCAGCCCAGCUCAGAGAGCUGUCUGAUUGGCUGCUACAACACGGAGGAGAUGGAGUCCAAUCAUUUCCAAAGACAGUCGGAGUAUUGCCCUCCGUGGCGGUCAGAUCGUCAUCUUGGAUACCUUCCUCUCAGUGAGCUCGACAGCGGGCUGGGAUGUGGUCCGGACAGCCCGAACCACCGGAUGCUGCUUUCUGAGGCCGAGACGGACGCCAUGUCGUCGCUGCCGGGUCACACCCCUUCCUCCCAAGGCUCCUCCUCUUCCUCCGAGUCUCUGAUCUCCUCUGAACCCAGCGACUCAGGCUUCCACAGCGUCAGCACGGGCGAGCACAGACGACUGCACAAGAUUCACGGGAACCACGCCCAUCGACAAACUCACCACCUUCGAUCAGGCCACUCCCCCAGAGAGCAGAGAGGACGCUGGGAUUUGGAGUCCAUCCCCGAGACGACUCCAAUGACUCACUCCGGCACACCACAGGCUUCCCGCUGCACUGUGGGUAACAGCACGACUACAACAGUUCACUUUCACAGAGCGGAGAGGAGUCCCACCUUACCUCGCCACCGCUCGCCUCCAUCUCCUUCUGUCGGUUGUCGUACUGAACCGUGCCAGCGGAGGGCGCUGUGGUUGGAGCAGCAACAAGGAGGAGGAAGGACAACAGAGGCUCCAGGGAGAAGUCGAACAAUAACAGAUCUGAGUGAAGGUCAACGGCGUCGCAGGGCCAGUCAUCCCAACACGACGGAUCCAAACACGCAACAAAACAGCCUUCAAACCAGCCAACCGGGGAACGCCAACGGCACGCCGGGGCCGAGGAGCAGGGCCAGUUAUCCCAGUAACUGCCACUCCACCAGUCACCUCAGUUUGGAUAGAACCAGUCUGACCAAUCAGCAGAACUCACUGAGGAGCAGCAGAGGUUCAACCCGCAGCCGGGAGGACGACUCGCUGUCUAAGAGUCCGGGUUCUGGUUCAAGCGGGACAUCGGACUGGCGUGGCAUUCAGACUCUCGGGAAUCGAACCAGCAAUCCCAAAGGUCCGUCUGGUCCUCUGUACAGCACGCUCGGAGCCCCGCAGUGCAGCCCUCGCUCUCCACCUUCCCCCCGCUCCAGACUGUCCAAUCCAAAGUCCGUCAGAAACCAGCUGCUCAGAGCCAGAGCUUACCGGCUGGCCAGGGAACGCAGCGAGGUGACGACAGACGAAGAGGUCCGAGGCGGGGACAGGGGGGGCGGAGAGGAUGGGGACGAAGGCAGAUGGGCGGGGCGGUACUGGAACCGGACCGAGAGGAGACGACAUCUGGCGCUGUCAAGGCAACACAGAGAGAGGAGGGUAGGAGGAGAAGAGCACGGCGGGGGGCUUCAGGGGGCGCUGUCUUCUCAGACGGUGCUGGAGCUGAGUCACAUGAAACAAAACCGACUGAGGAACAGCAAGCUGCUCGAUGAUUGGACGACGGUGGAGGAGCUGCUGACUCAUGGGACCCGGGUGGAGAGUGACAACCAGCUGUGUCCCAGUCCUCUGUUAUCGGUUACUACUGUCUGAUGGAGACCUCCGACAUACAGCAACACUUCUUCACACACCAAUCAAACAGCUCGAGGAGUAUAUGACCAACAGAAAUACUGAAAAAGUGUCCAGAGCUACAGAGAGGUUCAAAUCCUACCCAUGAUGAACAACAGUUCAGUCCGAGGAGACCCUCUUAUCAAACCCUGACUAUAAGGAGAUCCUGCAGGUUUGUACACUACAGACAGCCUCCGAAUCUGCUGUGGUUACAGACUCAGAAUGACUGGUCGGCUUCUUCACACACCAGACGGCCUGCGAGCUGUUGGAAACAUCACACAUCGCUUGUGUUGCCUUGUGACAAAGUGUCUCCAUUUUCCUUUUUUUUGGUUUAACUGAAAACUCUUGGAAAAUUAUGAAACAGGAAUUCUGCACCUUAAUAAUCAAACUCUAAAAAUCAAAACUGCUGUGACAAUUUGGGAAAUACUGAUUGACUUCCUGGUUGAUCGUAAAUGAGAAGGCUCUCACAUCUGUUUCUUCAAUAUGAAGCUCGACCCCGAACAACAAGGUUAAAAAAAAAAGUAGCUUGGCUUGAGUCUGUGGAAAUAGUUCAGCAUGAAAUUACCCUUCAAAGUAAAACUAUUAAACGUGUUCAGGCAAAAAGCAAAACGGUUUUUCAUCUAAAUCCAAUGUAAGCUCAAAUCAAGCCGGGUCCCAUGACAUGAAAAAAAGCAAACAACGAUCGAUUUUUCAACUUGCACAAAAAAAUCCACCUAAGCAUUGAUUUCCUGAAAUGGGGGUUAUCAGGGUUAAAUGUCACGUUUAAUUUUGAUCAAACUGUUCAAUUCAGUUUUGUUAAAAAUCUGAACAUUUUUGUUUAUUUUCAUAUUCUGUUCAAAUGUGAAGGAGACAACGAGUGUUCAGGUCAGUCAGACUUUUCAACUCAGUAUAAAAGGGAAUCUGUGUGUGUGUGUGUGUGAUGAUAGAAAGUUUGAUACUAACCUGUCAGUAGUGUUUAGCCAAAGAUUUCUUGUCCUUUGUGUUUCCUGAACAAGAUGAACUCUGUAAUGUAAAAGUAUAUUUUCGAACCAUAUUUUACAUUUUUAUGUAUUUUAUUGAUUUGAACGCCCUGCUCUGCUCGUGUGUGUCCCUGUGUGCAGAAACGAGCUCUCUUACAGUCCGAACCUAGCAUUCUAACUCCUGAUUAGCACCGAGCUGCUCUGAAGUCUGUUGUGUUAAAGGUUAAUAAAAUGACCACGCUCAUGCUGGUUAUAGAGCACGUUACACGCUGAUCAAGAUAACUGUGUUAGCAUGCAGUUCGUCUGAGGCCGAGCGAAAGUCUUUCAACUCUUCUGGCUGAGGAUUCUUAAAAAAGGGAAAUAUGUUUUUAAGAAAAUCAAAACUGUGACUCGACUUCUGAUCCUCACCGAUCACAUUCACUUGUAACGCAAGAGAAUGGCAAAGUCUAGUUAGCGACGUUAGCACCAGCGCUAGUUUGGUUACGUCUGCCAUCACACUAAUCUCAUGUCAACAAAAGUGACGGCGCCGCACGAUGACGUCACACGGAGGAGAAACCGACGCACAGCAUGACGUCUACACAGAAACACCCUAAACUCAGUUUCUGAACAUCUUCACCCUGGAAGGAGUUUUACUGAAGGAGAGUCACUCAUCACAAGAUCCACACGACGACAUAAACACUCAUCAAAACACAGAAAAAACACACACUCAUAAAGUAUUUUCUCUAAGCUAAGCUAAGCUAACCUGCUAACGUGAUAGCUUACCUUGAAAGAAUUCUGAAUAUAAAAUGUGGGUUACAUUUCUGUCCUAACUUCUAUUAAAGUUAUUAGAAUAAUAAUUGAAAGAAAAACUAAGCAGCUUCUGGGUUCAUGUUCUCCUGGUUUGGUGGAUCUGGUCCUGGUUUGGUGGAUCUGGUCCAGGUUUGGUGGAUCUGGUCCUGGUUUGGUGAAUCUGGUCCAGGUUUGGUGGAUCUGGUCCAGGUUUGGUGAAUCUGGUCCAGGUUUGGUGGAUCUGGUCCAGGUUUGGUGGAUCUGGUCCAGGUUUGGUGGAUCUGGUCCUGGUUUGGUGGAUCUGGUCCAGGUUUGGUGGAUCUGGUCCUGGUUUGGUGGAUCUGGUCCAGGUUUGGUGGAUCUGGUCCUGGUUUGGUGGAUCUGGUCCUGGUUGGGCUGUGUGCAAUAAUCAAACUCUGACCUGCAGUCUGUGUCCGUCAGCUCUGUCCUGUGCUCAGGUCUGUAUGAUGUCAUGAUGUCAUGAUGUCAUGAUGAGAGGCGAGGGACGCUUGGAUGUUUUUUUUUUGAGUGUUUUCACGCACCCUGUGACCUCACAAAUGUACGUGACGUUUGGAUCGUGAUGUCCAUGAAGCUGUCGGGCCGAGCGGCAGUCGGAGAGAUGUUUGUAAGGUGAUGUCAGUAAACUGUGAAAAUCCAAACAGCCUGUUGUGACUUUAACUUUCUGUUUCCAGGUUUACUCCCGGCACGUUUUUAAAGUCCUUUUUGUCUUAGAAAAAAUAAAACUAAUUAACAAAAUGAAAGAGGACAGCAGGGAGAAGUGGGGGAGGGGGGUGAGACAUAACCUCUAGGCUAUUAUACACCGCUACUCCAAUCAUUCUGUCUUUUACAACCUACAGGACGUAAACAAACUAGAGCUGUUACCGAUUACAUUUAAUCAAGAUUAGUCGCAUGUUUGACAUUCCAAUUAUUUUGCAUUUCAAAAUAAAACUUGUUAGGUGUUUAUUUUGAA